UAGCACCAGUGACAGGGGGGGCGGCCACCACCACCACCACCACCACCACCACAGGAUUUAUCCGCCAGCCAGCUCGUUGACAGGGAGAGGGGGGAGAGAGGAGAGAGAACCCGACCACCACCACCACCCAGCGGACCCUGCAGCGCCCCAGCGACCUCCUGACUUCAGGGGCUUGACGGACCGGAACUCGGCUGCAGCGCUCCAGCCCCGCUCCAGCUGCUGGGACAUGGCCAGGCCGGAACAGGUUCUGCUCCUGGAGCCUCCGCACGAACUCAAAUUCAGAGGACCAUUCUCAGAUGUGGUCACCGCAAUUCUCAAGCUCGCCAACCCAACGGACAGAAAUGUGUGUUUCAAGGUGAAGACGACAGCACCACGCCGGUACUGUGUGCGGCCAAACAGUGGAAUUAUCGAUGCAGGCACCUCAAUCAAUGUCUCAGUUAUGCUGCAGCCUUUUGAUUACGACCCCAAUGAGAAGAGCAAACACAAGUUCAUGGUCCAGUCCCUGCUAGCACCUCCUGACAUGACUGACAUGGAGGGAGUGUGGAAGGAGGCGAAACCAGAUGAGCUGAUGGACUCUAAGCUGAGGUGUGCUUUUGAGUUGCCACUGGAGAACGAGAAAGCGACCCCACACAACUUGAGAGAUAGCUCAACACGAUAUGAGCAGAGUCCGGAGGUGAAGAAGAUCGUAGAGGAGUGCAAGACGAUGCAGAUGGAGGCUCAGAGGCUGAGGGAAGAAAACAAACAGAUUAGGGAGGACGACGGUCCGCGGAUGAGGAAGGGCAACACGAUGUCGUCUCAGCACCCCUCGGUGGCCAUGAAGAAAGAGGAAGGGUUGAGCGUCCGAUCCGUGUUCCUCAUCCUGCUUUUCUUUGUGGUGGGCGCCAUCGUGGGCAAGUUCGUCUUGUAGAGGGCGGAGCAGUUUGGUCGGCCGCAGCAUGCUUUCGGGGGAUGAAAACAAAACGAGGGAUCUGGGAUUUUGGAUCAGAAAAAGCCACAUUCUCUAGGUGUGUGUGUGUG